AAGAAGCUGUCGAACCAGAUCUGAUUCUUCUUCCAGGUCUAGAUCUGAUUCAAGUUGUGAUUCUGGUCCUAUUUUGUGGUCAUGGCUCUGGACUGGAUUGAGUUCAGUUAUGCUGUUCUGGUGUCAGUGGGAGGAGUCGUUGGUUUUGUGAAAGCAGGCAGCGUCCCCUCCCUGGCUGCCGGGCUCCUGUUCGGUCUGUUGGCCGCGGUCGGUGCUUAUCAGACAUCUCAGAAUCCGAGGAAUGUGUGGCUGUCGCUGGGCACCUCCGGAACUCUCACUGUGGUGAUGGGCCUGAGAUUCAUCAACUCCGGGAAGUUCAUGCCAGCGGGUUUAAUGACUCUAUUCAGCGGACUGAUGCUGGUGAGGAUCAUAACUGGGAUGUUGACAAGGCCACACGAAUCCUGAGAAAUACUUAAAUAUAUAUUUUCUGUGUACAAAAAACAUACAUUCCCUCUGUGCAGUCGUCUGUGAGAAGAAUUUAAGUUUAAACAUAAUUUUUCUGGAAUAAAUCAUUUUUCUACAACAACUUU